CCCCAAUAGGAUCCGGUGGAGGGAAGCCGGGCAAACUCAAGCACGCACACACCACUGGGAGAUCAGAUCUUCUAGCUGGCUCUCUGCUGCCACAGCUCCACCGAAGGGUGGGGGGAAGCGGAGGGAGGCUUGUCGGAGACUAAACCCCUCUGGAACCUAGAGGAGAGGCAGGUGGUGCAGGUGCAUCAUCUGGAUCAUGAGGUCAUCCUUCUACUGGCUCCUCCCACUUCUCCUCAUCUUGGCCUCAGAGGCCCAAGGCCAGGCAACAAGACGACCAAGACCCAGACCAAGGCCCCGGCCCAGACCCCGACUCAGGCCCACACCCAGCUUUCCUCAGCCCGAUGAGCCAUCAGAGCCUACAGACCUGCCUCCUCCCCUCCCACCAGGCCCUCCGUCUGUCUUUCCUGACUGUCCCCGGGAAUGCUACUGCCCCUCUGAUUUCCCAUCUGCCCUCUACUGUGACAGCCGCAACCUUCGAAAGGUCCCGGUCAUCCCAUCCCGCAUCCAUUACCUCUACCUGCAGAACAACUUCAUAACUGAGCUCCCACUGGAGUCCUUCAGGAAUGCCUCCGGCCUGAGGUGGAUCAACCUGGACAACAACCGAAUUCGCAAGAUAGACCAGAAGGUGCUGGAGAAACUGCCCAGCCUGGUGUUCCUCUACAUGGAGAAGAACCAGCUUGAAGAGGUGCCCUCCGCCCUGCCCCGGAACCUGGAGCAGCUGAGGCUGAGCCAGAACCAGAUCUCCAGAAUCCCACCCGGCGUCUUCAGCAAGCUGGAGAACCUGCUGCUCCUGGACCUCCAGCACAACAAGCUGAGUGACGGCGUCUUCAAGCCCGACACCUUCCAGGGCCUCAAGAACCUCAUGCAGCUCAAUCUGGCCAACAACAUCUUGAGAAAGAUGCCACCCAAGGUCCCCACGGCCAUUCACCAGCUCUACCUGGACAGCAACAGGAUCGAGACCAUCCCCAGUGGGUACUUCAAGGGCUUCCCCAACCUGGCCUUCAUUCGCCUUAACUACAACAAGCUCUCAGACAGGGGACUCCCCAAGAACUCCUUCAACCUCUCCAACCUGCUCGUGCUCCACCUGUCACACAACAAGAUCAGCAACGUGCCUGCCAUCAACAACAGGCUGGAGCAUCUGUACCUCAACAACAACACCAUAGAAAUCAAUGGGACCCAGAUUUGCCCCAAUGAUGUAGUCGCCUUCCACGACUUCUCCUCAGAUCUGGAGAACGUGCCACACCUCCGCUACCUGCGGCUGGAUGGGAACUACCUGAAGCCGCCCAUCCCGCUGGACCUCAUGAUGUGCUUCCGCCUGCUGCAGUCCGUGGUCAUCUAGGCCUCACUCCACCCCUGGAGCGCCUCCGACCGCACUGGAGUGCGGUGGUCCAGGCGCCUGUGCCCAUCAUCUUUUCUCUGUCUCCUCUUCUUGCUCCCAGCUUUGCCUUUCUUAUCGCAUCUUCCUGAGGCAGGGACAAGAAGCUGCAGCUUCUAGAGCAAGACUCCUAAAGGCUUGAUUUGGUCCACCCAGCUCAAAGACACCCCCUGCACACCCAGAUUUCUGGCCCCACAAGCACAGAUGUGUGUCUAAAGAUUUCAUAUUCUCUUCUCUCUCCUCUUCCCCUCACCACUCCUGGGUAAGUCUGGGCCAUGGACUGACAUCUGGAUCUUGGUCCUGGUUAAAGCAAACAGAAGACGGUCAGGGGCAGCCUGGAGGUGAGGUUUGGAAAGUCCUGCUGGAAACCCCUCAUCGUGGGCAACUCUGGCCCCAAAAGGCCGAGCGACCCGGGUCCCCUUGGCCAAGGAUUCCACCUCCCAAAACUGCCGCUCCACCGCCCUGUUCACUGGCUCCAGACGUCUCACCGGCUCUCUGCCAGCCUGUGUUCUCCAGAAGAAAGUGCAAGGGAACAGCCGAGGGAGGGUGGAGGGUCAGGGAUUUGCACAAGGGCCUGCAUCCGGCUUUCUCUUCACAGGAACGAGAUGGGGCCCUUCUCAGCACCCAGACUCCUGGAUGGGCCUCUCUAUUCCAAGAGUAAGAGCAGGGAGGAACAGUCAAGAAGAAGGAUGACUCAAAAACCUAGGAAUCAGCCAGUGGGAGAGGGGUGGGAGUCAGGGCCGCAGGGUGGACCCUGGUGAGUGCAGCCAUCUUUCAGCAUCCUUGGCCACUCUGGACAGGAGCCCUGAUGCCCUGGGGAACACAAUGUCCACAGUGGAGGGUACAGAGCCACCAACCUCGCCCCACCAUCUGUUCUCUAUCAGUGGGGAUGGCCCAAUCCUUUCCACUCCCGGGGAAGCAGCUCCCACGCAAGGGGCGGAGCACCUGGAAAUCUCCCAGAAGCCUCUGCCUCUCAUGCAGAUCAGCUUCUCCUUCUAAGACAGACACAGCAGUGACACCUGGUGGUCGGUGCAGGUCACAGCUGGCUCCUGUCUUGCUCCACAUCUCUCACUGGUGUGAUUUUCCAACGUCAAGGAGUUGGCCUCGGGUUCCAACUUGAGACCCAUGGGCCAUGGACAUGGUCUCUAUCUCCUCUGGGGUCUAAAUGGGACAAAGAUACGGGGGCCUCAAGGUGGGGGGGCCCUGAUUACCAUCAUGGAUGAGCGCAGGUGGGGAACCUGCAGGAACCCAGGUGAGGAUACAGUUUGUUCCCAUCUGCUGUCUGACCUUGCGGGUCCCUUCUGCUCUCGGCUUCCAGAUCUGUCAACGAUGGAGGUGGAUGAGGCCCCUCCAAGGACGCUCCAGCUUUCCUGCUCCUGUAUGCAGCUCCACCCUUUAGACCAUGCUCUGAUGCAGGAUUAUUCCCUUCCCUUGCAAUAAUUUAUUCCCUGUAUGGGCGGUCCUUCCCUCUAAGUUCCCACGCUCCCCACUGGCCUGGGUGAGCACUGUGACAGCCCCCAGGUGGAACCUGGGUCCGGCAGGGCUGACUCACCUCCGCUGUCCCCUUCACUUCCUCUCGGAGAUGCUGCCCCUCUACAGAGCCUUGAGUGUAUGAUGGUGGGGGUGGGGGUGGGGAAUGUUCUAGAAAUGAGUAGGAUACAGGGCCCACUCUCAAGUUAGGUUGAGAAAAAGUUCAGAGGUUCUUAAAUUGGAUUAAGCUGGGUCCCCGCUUCAAGAAAUUCCUGUUAUACUAUUUUCCACCUCUCUCUUUUGCUAAUUUACAGAACAGGGGGCCCGUUUCAUCACAGCCUCCUUCCCCCAUGCUCCCAUACAACUGCUUCAUUCCUUCUAGCGCAGCUGGUUUCUCCAAGGCUCCUGCUUAAAGUCAAUAUAGUAUUGUGGCUGGAAGCAACCUGGUGCGAUGGCCUGGAUAAGCCCCCUUUCCCACAAGCUCCAUGGGCUCCCCGGGGCGGAGGAGUCAUUCCCCUGCUCCUGCAAACCUGAACAGUUUUCUUUCAGCAACGCAAUCAUCCUCAUCCCACUGCCCCGCCAGAAUAUGUCUGUCUCCUCCAUUGCUCUCUGCAGCUGUAAACCAGAGGAAGCUACAUUGGCUGUACAGCAUCGCCACCCUCACCACACACAAAAUGUGCUGGUUUCCCUUGGAUUUAAGGAGGCCCCCUCCUCCAUACACAAAUUCAUUCCUUCAGUGCUGUUGGCAUUUGCAUAUACAGGUGUGCAAGUAAGUGCAUAUGUGUACUCUGUACAUAUAUCUAUUCAUUCUUACAGACCACGUUAACUUUGUGGAACAACUUUACAUUCCAACACGCUUCACAGCAGAGGAAAUAAAGUAAUAUGAAAAAUACCCAA